AUGACGAAAAUAUGCCCAGAAAAUCAAAUAUGCGUUCCAGUUGAACAUUGUUCAUCGGUUAACAACACCCUUUAUAAACGAGAUUUGAACGAAUCGGAGAUUAAUUAUUUACGAAAUUUGGAAUGUGACUUUAAAAAAACUAUAUAUGUUUGCUGUAAUUCGUCACUUCCGAAACCUGGAGAAUGUGGGCGUAUUUCUAUCAGUACCAAAAUAAUAAAUGGUCAUGACACAUAUUUAGGACAAUUCCCUUGGGUAGUUUUACUUGGUAGAAGAUGGAGGGAAAAAGACAAUAAAACAGGAAUUUCAUAUGAAUGUGCUGGUUCGAUUAUAAAUGAUCCAAUUGAAAUUGUGAAAAUUGGUGAAUGGAACAUUGAAACAGAUCCAGAUAUAGACAGAGAUGUUAUUGGUGAUCCUGUUAUUAAAGCUGAAGUUGAAAAAAUUAUUCCGCACAAAGAGCAUAGAUGGAAUAAAAGAUAUGAUGACAUUGCAUUGAUAAAAUUAAAAAUGAAAAUUAAUUAUACAGAAUUUAUUAAACCGAUAUGUUUACCACAUAAAGAAGAAGUUCUCGAUGGAAAAUUGGUAAUCGUUGGUUGGGGUGAAAGUGGAAAAAAAAUUAAAAACAAUGAAAAUAGUGAAGAUAUACUGGAAAAAAUACAACAGCAUGCUAGUUUGGACGUAGUUGACAAUAAUGAAUGUCGCAAGAAAUAUUUGAGGUACAAUUUGAAAUCAACCCAAAUGUGUGCUGCAUCAGCUUUUAGUGAUUCAUGUAAAGGUGAUUCUGGUGGUCCACUGAUUGGUUUACAAACAAAUCAUUUUCCAUUUUAUUAUUUUAUAACUGGUAUUGUCUCAUUUGGAAAACAUUGUGGUACACUAGGAGAACCAGGUGUAUAUACUGAUGUAAGAAAGUACAUUGAUUGGAUUCAACAAAAUAUUAUUCAUUAG